AGCGGCCGAGGCAGGAGGGGGAUCCCGGAGAAGUCUGAAACAGGUUCUAAACUCUGCAUCUUCUGACUCAGAAUCGGAAUGACACGACUGCACCAAGGGCUCAUUCCACUGUUACUAGUGGGGGUAGUAAAAACUGCAUAGAACCAUGGAAUAUAAAUAUAGAUCAGAAGAUCUGACUAAGUCAUUGGUAUUUCGUCUCCAUGAAGGCACUCCUGAAAUUGUCCGUGAUGUUCUCCUUGAGCGUGGCUGGGUGGAAUAUGAUGAAGAAGAACAGGAUGAGAAUGACUGGAACUUAUAUUGGCGAUCUGGUUUUUCUAAUGCAGAGUAUGAAAAUAUUAUGCCUUGGCAAAGACUGAUACACUAUCCAAAAAUCUUGGGCAUAACUCGAAAGGACAAUCUUGCUCGUAAUUUAAAGCGUAUGUCGGGGAUUUAUGGCUCGACAAUAUAUAACUUUAGCCCUAUAGCUUUCAUUCUUCCCAAUGAUUACACCAAAUUUGUUGCUGAGUAUACAAAAGACAAGAAGGCAAAUGGUGGAAAGCUUGGGUACUGGAUAUGCAAGCCCGUUGAUCUGUCCCGCGGUAGGGGAAUAUUUAUAUUUCAAGAUAUUAAAGAUUUGACUUACAGCUGUUCUGUUAUAGUGCAAAAGUACAUUAGCAAUCCCCUUCUCAUUUCUGGUUACAAAUUUGAUUUACGAAUCUAUGUUUGUGUCACUAGUUUCUGUCCAUUGAUGGUUUAUAUUUACCAAGAAGGUCUGGUGAGGUUUGGGACAGAAAAGUACAGUCUUGCAUCUUUAGACAAUGUUUAUGCUCAUUUAACAAACACCAGCAUCAAUCGAUUUGGACCUUCCUACACUAUGGAUAAAGAGCGGGUUGGUUCAGGAUGCAAAUGGACAAUGAGCCAAUUCCGUACUUUUCUGCAUAGUCUUAAUAUAAAUGAACUGCUCAUGUGGCAGAGAAUAAACAAUAUUGUGACAAUGACUCUUCUCACAAUUACUCCCUCUAUUCCGUCCCCUCCUAAUUGUCUUGAACUCUUUGGUUUUGAUAUUCUAAUAGAUGAUAACAUAAAGCCUUGGCUUUUAGAAGUAAAUUAUAGUCCAGCACUAAUUGUAGACUGUAAUGCUGAUGUGAUAGUAAAGAAAGGACUAUUAUAUGAUCUAAUUGAUCUGCUGAAUUAUAAAGAGGUAGAUACAUUGCGCCAACGUGGUUACCCAAGUCCAUGGCAAUAUAAUGCACUUUCCCGGAGCCAUCCUUUCUUUUAUGUGACAAACUCCUUUAGAAAUGUAUUGCAUCUUCACUCCAACAAUUCUAAAAAAGCAUUUAUGAGCUCUUCAAAUGAGUGGUCCAGUACCCAAAACCAUUCCCUAUUAGGCUGCCAUAAAAGUUGCAGUCAAUCUAAUAUGUACAACAAUGGUGAAGACGAGGAGAUGUACUCCCAAAAAGCAGAGGAGGAAAACAAAUCUCCUAGCAUCAGCAAACAGCAAUUCUCUCACUCGCCACAUUCAACUGUGGAUAAUUCUGGGAAAAAUAUCAAAAAGGUCUCUGGUUCCACAGGUGCAGUAUCUGCCCAUUGUUCAGGCACCAAGGAAUGCACAAAGAAUGUGAAGCUUACUAAAUCACUGCCAAAGAAAACCUUGACUUCACAGUUGAGGGAAAAGAUGAACAAAAGUUACAUACGUACACAGAAUCUGGAAACAAGAACUGCACAGUUUGAUGGAUAUUUUCGUAAAAUGGGCCCUAGGUUCUCUUCACAUAACUUGCAAAGGUAUGAACUAGCAUCCUUCCCUCAGUACAGUGUUUCAGAUAUUGACAAGAAGCCCAUGAACCGCAUUGGUGACUUUAUACUAACGUUUCCAUUUAAUGAAGUGACACUGAAAGCUUCUCAGGACCCUUUAAACAUGAGGACAAUAAUGCAGGAACUGCAGAAGAUGCAGAAGAUAUUACAGGAACAAAAGAGUGCAAAAAGAAAAGGUGAGUCCCACCUGGAUGGCUCUUUUGUUAGAAAAGGAUGUUUUGGUUCUUUCCUGUGGGGGCCACGUAAUCCCCCCUUGCUUAGUGAAUACUGCUUUCAAAACUAAAUGGUUGAACUUUUGUCUUAACCCCAGUUGCUUUAAUUUUAUAAAUGAAGAUACUAAAUUCUUCACAAAUGGAAAUACAGUUUCUUGGGGGUAAUUUAUUUAUGACAUUUUUAUUUAAAAAUAAAUUUACAGGUACUGGUCUAAUUUAUUUGUGUCUGGAAACCAGAAUAAACUGUCAGGUGCUAUUGAGGCAGUUAUCAUAAGUAAUAGAAACAAAUUUUUCACACAGUAUUACAUUACAGUUGUAAACAUGAUGGCACAUGGAAACAGUAAAAAGGGUAGAUAUCAUGUGCUAUACAGUAAGUACAUGACUAGUAAGUAAAAUAACCUUAAUGUUCUACUAAUUUACAAUAGUGUGAUGCAGUACAAAUCACAGACAUUUUCUAAUUGUUAUUGUAGUGUAGUGCUUGAAAUUUUAUGCUGGAAUAAACCUUUAAUAAUCCAACCUAUUACAUGCUUCAUGGCAUUGUGUAACUUUGGCUGUAUUACUUAUUUCUUAUGGCAGCUGUAAGAUUGAGUGAUUAAUGAGUUUCAUUAAAUAAACAACACCUACUUUUA